AUGCCGCUGCGUGAAAACCGGGAUGGGGAUGGGACCAACGAUAAGGACGCCAAGUCCAAGAAGAGCAGAAAGGGGCGCGAUGAGGACGUGUCGGAGCUGGCCUGCAAGCUAAAGCGCCACGGCGCGCUCGACGAAGCGCUGAUCUGCCCGGGCUAUGUCGACCUGCAAAUAUCUUUCACCAACGCUAUGCAAGAACAGGCGCGGGAGCUCUUCCGCCAGCAGCAGCAGCAGCAGCAGUUCGCCGCUAAGAUCCCCGCUGGCCAGUUCUCUCCCGCCGAGCUCCAAGGGUUCCUGUUGAAGCGCAAGAAGACGCCGUGGCGGGCGCUUGCCGAGGUGGAAGGGUGGGUGGCGGGUAUGGUGGCGCAGAAGGCCAAGCGGGGAAGGGUGUUGGCUGUUCAGUGA